GGUCACUGUAAUGCGCAGCGUUCGUCGAGGCUGCACCGCUGCACGCUUCCGGAGGACAGCUGUCGAGGCUUUUAGGAGAAGAUUUGAGAGAAACUUGUAUUUCCUGUCGGCCAUUCACGAUGCUGGAGCUGAAGACGGGUGCGGACGUGCGUCGCGCGUUCAUCGACUACUUCCGCGAAAAGCAGCAACACACCUACGUGCACUCGUCGUCAGUGAUCCCGCACGAUGAUCCGACGCUGCUGUUCACCAACGCCGGCAUGAACCAGUACAAGCCCAUCUUCCUGGGCACUGUGGAGCCGGGCUCGGAACAGGGCCGACUGCGGCGCGCCGUCAACAGCCAAAAGUGUAUCCGCGCCGGUGGCAAGCACAACGACCUGGAUGACGUGGGCAAGGACGUGUACCAUCACACCUUCUUCGAGAUGCUGGGCAACUGGAGCUUCGGCGACUACUUCAAGAAGGAGGUCUGCACGUGGGCCUGGGAUCUGCUCACAAACGUGUUCGGCCUGGAAAAAGACCGUCUGUACGUCUCCUACUUCGAGGGAAAGGAGGACGCCGGUCUCGGGCCCGACCUGGAGACCAAAAACAUCUGGCUGUCGCUCGGAAUCCCGGAGGGACGUAUCCUGAAGGGCAACAUGAAGGACAACUUCUGGGAGAUGGGCGACACGGGCCCGUGCGGCCCCUGCACGGAGAUCCACUACGACAGGAUCGGAGGCCGGGACGCCGCCCACCUGGUCAACAUGGACGACCCCAACGUGGUCGAAGUGUGGAACCUGGUCUUCAUCCAGUUCAACAGGGAGCCGGACGCCUCACUGAAGCCGCUGCCGAAGAACCACGUGGACUGCGGCCUGGGCCUGGAGCGUCUGGUGUCCAUCCUGCAGGGCAAACUGUCCAACUAUGAUACCGACCUCUUCCAGCCCAUCUUCGAGCAAAUCACCAAGCUGACGGGCACGCGACCGUACACGGGCCACGUGGGUGCUGAGGACGUGGAUGGCAUCGACAUGGCGUACCGCGUGCUGGCCGAUCAUGUGCGGACGCUGACCAUCGCCCUAUCGGACGGCGGCCGCCCGGACAACGUGGGACGCGGGUACGUGCUGCGCCGUAUCCUACGGCGCGGCGUGCGCUACGCCACAGAGAAGCUGGGCGCCAAGCGGGGAGUGUUCGCGGCUCUGGUGCCUACCGUCGUCUCCGUGCUGGGCGACUUCUUCCCAGAGCUAAAGAAGGACCCCCAGACUGUAAUGGACAUUAUUAAUGAGGAGGAGGCCCAGUUUUUGAAGACGCUCACCCGUGGCCGCACCCUUCUGGAGCGCACUAUCGGGAAAAUGGGAGACAGCAAGACACUGCCCGGUGAGGUGGCCUGGCGUCUGUACGACACGUACGGCUUCCCCGUGGACCUGACGUCGCUGAUGGGCGAGGAACGCGGCCUGAAGAUCGACAUGGACGCGUACGAGGCCGCCAGAAAACAGGCCCAGCUGAUCUCUCAGGGCGGCGGGAAGGGCGUGGACGACCAGAUUAACCUGGACGUGCAUGCCAUCGCGGACCUGCAGGGACGCGGUGUACCGCCCACCGACGACUCGCCAAAGUACGACUACAGCGCCGCGUCGGCCGACCCCGACUCUGUCUACGAGUUCGGCGCGUGCCAGGGACGCGUGGUGGCACUGCGCUGCGACAAACAGUUUGUCCAGGAGGUGCCGUCGGGCCGCGAGUGCGGUGUCCUGCUCGACCGGACCUCCAUGUACGCUGAGCAGGGCGGACAAAUCUGGGACGAGGGAUACAUGACCAAGGAGGGCGACGAGGAGACAGAGUUCACGGUGAAGAAUGUCCAGGUUCGCGGCGGUUACGUGCUCCACAUCGGCUCCCUGGCUGGAACGCUGCGCGUCGGGGACACACUGAACGUGUUCAUUGACCAGGAGCGUCGUAAGCAGGUGAUGAACAAUCACACUGGCACCCACGUGCUCAACUUUGCGCUGCGUCGAGUGCUGACGUCGGAGGCGGACCAGCGCGGCUCUCUGGUGGCCCCCGAUCGGCUGCGGUUCGACUUCACCAGUAAUAGCGCCAUGAAGUCGGACCAGGUGAAGCAGUGUGAACAGAUCGCCAACGACCUCAUCUCGCGUAACGGCGAGGUGUUCGCCAAGGAGUCGCCGCUGGCGCUGGCCAAGUCGAUCCAGGGCCUGCGGGCCGUGUUUGACGAGACCUACCCGGACCCCGUGCGGAUCGUCUCCAUCGGUGGGUGAUGGCAGGGGGGGAGGGCAGG